AGCGCUGCUGUUUCAAAUCAGACCUGCAGCGCCACUGCGGCGGCGGCUGGCGAAAUGUCCCUGUUCCAUCCGCACAGCCGCGCCUAGCCGCAGCAGGUGGACGAUGGCCCCUAGCAACGCAAGCGUGUGUACACGGCGAAAACAGUCGACCUCUAUCUACUGUUGCGUGUGCGGAUGUCAUAACAGCUACAAGAACACGGCAGGGAAACUGCCGAAGGUGCAGUUUUAUCACUUUCCUUGGAAAGCGUACGAGGCUGAUCGGCGACAACGUUGGAUCGCUGCCGUUCGGCGCACCCGCCCGAAUGGAGAUUUGUGGCAGCCAGUGCAACGCAGGACAGUCAUCUGCAGCGCUCACUUUGUCGGUAACAAAGCGAGCACGAUUGCCGGCCAUCCCGCCUAUGUGCCAACUGUGUUUCCGCCGUGUUACAAAAGAAGUGAUGCAGUACUACCGGCAUCAAAGCUCGACAGAUAUAAGAGGGUUCAGCGACGUCGCGCAGUGCUUCAAGCGCCGACAUCCAAGAGCGCAAUCACGGCGACUGCAGAGAACUCCUCGACUGACUUCGCCGACGAAAUCAUUGCAUUACCGGAAGAAACGGGCACAUCCGCAUCCGUGAUGACCCAGACAGAUGCAGACUUUAACGGAGGUGUUUGCACUCUGUUCCUCUCUGUGACAGCAGAAGGCGCCGCAUCUACACAAGUUUGCCAUACCAGCAUUGUUGAGAAAGGUGUACAAGCAAGUGCCUCUGUGAGAUCGACAGCUAUCGGACCGAACGAGCGCAGCUGUGCAUUUCUUGGCUACAAUUCUCUGAUCCAGAGAAAGGAUGCCUUUCGUGAACUGUGUGGUGUUAGCGGUUAG